AUGGCUAAAUCAACUCCAAAACAACCAGUCAUUAAAGCUGAUGCUAUCCUUCCACCAGAAACCUUGUUGAAGAAGAGCAAGACUUUGGCUAAGAACUCCAAGAACGUUGCUGAAGCUAAGCAAAAGAGAACUAUUGCUAGCAAAGCUAAGAGAGAAGCCAUUGCUAAGAGAACCGCUGGUUACGAAGCUGAAUAUGCUGCUGAAAUCAAGAAGAUUGCUGAUGCUCACAAGGAAGCCGCCGCUAACGGUUCUUUCUUCGUCCCAGCUGAAUCUAAGUUGGUCUUUGUCGUCAGAAUCAAGGGUAUUAUGAAGAUUCCACCAAAGCCAAGAAAGAUCAUGCAAUUGUUGAGAUUGUUGCAAAUUAACGCUGGUGUUUUCAUCAAGGUUACCAAGGCUACCAGAGAAUUGUUGAAGUUGGUUGAACCAUACGUUGCUUACGGUUACCCAUCUUUGGCUACCAUCAGAAAGUUGAUCUACAAGAGAGGUUACGGUAAGGUCAACAAGCAAAGAAUUGCUUUGAGUGACAACGCUAUCAUUGAAGCUGCUUUGGGUAAAUACGGUAUUGCUUCUGUUGAAGACCUUGUUCACGAAAUCUACACUGUUGGUCCAAACUUCAAGGAAGCUAACAACUUCUUGUGGCCAUUCAAGUUGUCUAAUCCAAACGGUGGUUGGGGUGUUGACAGAAAGUUUGAACACUUUAUCCAAGGUGGUUCUUUCGGUAACCGUGAAGAAUUCAUUAACCAAUUGGUUAAGGCUAUGAACUAA